GAACCAACAAUUGAGAAAUUACUCAAAUCAGAGAGAGACAGGAAGGCAAUGUCGAUUCUGUGGGAAAAGAGCGAAACCUGGCGGUGGAUAGUGAGGAGGACAAGGGAUUCGAAGCCGUUCUUCUUGGCUUUCGCUACCAUAUGCGGCGUUGUUCCCGGUGUUAUAGGCUACGGUGUUAUGCAGCUCACCAACUCCCGUAAUCCUCAGUUGGAGGAACAGCUGCGCCGAAACGCCCGCCCCGAAUCGCUCAUGAUGGGGAAAGUAAACCAAGAGCGAUUGGCGGAAUACCUUGGGGAGCUUCAGCGGAAAGAGGAUACCAAUGACCGAUAUGUAGCUGCUUUGAGGGGAGAGACAUUGACUAGGAAUCCUUACCAGAGAAUUCAGCCUAUUCCAAAGCCGAAUGUUCAAGCUGACAAUCAACUUAAGAAGACCGACAAGGCUUAGCCAUGUAAAUUGGUAGCUUAAGUGUUUAUUUUGUUCAUGCUUUCCUGGUAUGCUUGCGUACUUCAUUUCGUAGAGAUUAAACUCAGAUCUGAAACAUAUCUGGAUUAAUAACACCUGUGGGUAAUGUUUUUGCAAUACUGUAAUUCUAAUAGGUUCAUUGGGUAAACAGAUUUAUGUUUAAUAUGUUGGUUUCUUGACAAUAAUGUUGUUUGAACUUACAACAUGUGGUUUUGCAUACCUUCUACUCUGUAGAAAGUGUGUGCCUUGGAUUAUUUUCUAUUGGCUUGCUGGCUUUGGUGUUCGUGUCAUCUGUUGGAAGGUUGGUUUUGAAAUAAAACAGCUCUCUUUUGCUA